AUGCCCUGUAUCGGCGAGGUGAUACUCUAUGCUGCUGCUGGAAGCUCUAAGGACUGCUCAUUGGGUCUGUGUCUGGCCACUGAUCGCCACCUCAUCGUCUGGCGAGUUGGUUGCCCUUUAUUGCUCGAUAACUCUGCUACUGCUGAGCUCGUCGGGAAAUGUCAACAGCUAGUUGUAUAUAAAACUGGUGUUGCUGCUAUACUUGGACUCGACAAGGCCUGUCUGUGGUCGGGAAUCAGCGGCGAUGCUGUGCUUACUGUAGCGCUCAACACUGGACAGCCAGAAGGCCUGUUUGUGCAGAGUGACAAUGAUGCUGUGUUUGCGUAUACUAAAAGCGGUUGUUGUAUGCUCGUGAAACCAACAGUAUGUAAAACGACCGAUCUCACUUUGCCGGAGUGCACUGUGGAGGUACUUCCUGUUGGAACUAGAGGCUAUGUGGUGACGGCUACUCCGAAGGAACUACUAUAUUAUGAUCUCCUAGGAGGAGGAGGAGGGUGUAGUAUUCAUCCUUACUUGUAUAUGCAAACUCAUGAGUACAAAGGGGCAUUCAUAGGGUGUUGGAUUCUGGACCGACGACAUACGGUAUGGAAAAUAGUGGCGAUUUCGGGAGAGAAAGCAAUAGCGAGGCGAAUGGAAAAGUUUGAUGAUGUCGUUGAUGUUGUAUUAAACGGUAUUCAGCAUCAACGAUUUUCAUUUAUGGGUGCGGUAAGUGGAAUGCCUGGCGUUCUGGUUGGGGGCACAGACGAGGGGGCGCUUCUGAUGUGGAAUAUUGGAGGACAUUUUUUCACAGGAGCUCCAGUGUCAUCCAUACCGUCCCUUUCCCCCUUCGGAAAGAUCAUAGAUGUGCGUCGGUGUGCAGUUAUGUCGGCCUUCUCAAGGGAAUACAUCAGCACGGCCGAUGCCGAGCCGCUGGUUCUUGCUGCUAUGGAUAACACGACAUCUGUCAGAGUGGUGAAGGCUGAUGUCGAUCAACAUGGUCUAGUGGAAGGCCUCAGGGAGAUCAUCAGAUUACAAAGCCCAUCGUACCAGCCUGGCAUGGUUUAUGGCGUUGUGGUGGAGCUCCAGCCUACGUCUGAUGCAAAAUUAUCAGAGCUGGAUGCAGCGGACGAGUACAUGUCGGUGUUGUUCAGCUGUUCUCAGUCGAGGCAUGAACAAUCUGUUCACAACGAGGUGUGGGUGGUGGCUACUGGAGAGAAGGAGUGGCAAUGGGAAAGUGACAAGGGCUGGCCUCGAGGCAUGGACAGGUAUCUUGACGCUCCUACUGUGACCACAGAGGCAUUCGCUUUGACCCAGAUAGAGCCCUACGGGUUUGAGCUCACCGCUGCUGUUCCUGGUGCUGGGCUGAAGACACUGCGGAGCUCCACUGAGGAGGCCACUAUCAAGACACUGCUGAAGGAGAAAUACUGCUAUGCUGGUCUGCGAAGGCGAACUACCGGUCUCAGAAAGAGCGACAGCAGAAUAGUCGACAUAGGCGUCUGCGGAGGUCUGAGAGCAGCAGUUUCCCGAGAAGGUGAAAUUAAAUGUAUAUAUUUCCUCGGCGUUUGCGCUGAUGUUGCACCGACUAUUUUCACUGAGAUGAUGCUCACCGACGGUCAGCAGCAAAGGGCGGCUGAGGUUGGCCAUCGUCUCCUGCAAGCAGCUCUUAGUGAUGGCGACAGCGUAGCAGCGGAGACUCUCAUUCGAGGGUAUACACGUUUGGUGGCGAGAGUUUGGAAACCGGAGAGACGCAAGUCUAUGCUGGUGGAGACAUACCGUGUUUACAAUGCGGAGCCGCGUAGAGCCAACAUGUGCCUUCAAAUACUACUCAGAGCUGGUUUGCAUGAUCCGCUUGAAUUUAUAAGCACCUUUUCUGACUUGGCGGUUGAGGGGGAUGAUGGUACAACCGCGUUGUUGAUAUUACUAUCACUACUGCAUAAAUAUCCCCGACGGUUAAGACGGCUUGUACCGGAGUUUGCGGAGGCCGCAGUGCUGCGGUGUCUGGACCCAGUCUUUCCGCUUCGACGACGCAAUUGUCUUAUAACGGCAACGUCGGCUCUCCACGAAAUGGUGAAGACCUUUCCGAACACUGCUUUUGAUCAAUCAACACAACGCUUCGCCGUCGCUAAAGAUGCUGCUAUUAUUGUCUAUGAUCUGCGUACAGCGAGCAAGUGGAGAGUUUUCGAGGGGCAUUCAGGAGAUAUCUCGGCGAUUGCUUUCGACCCAACAGGAGCGCAGUUGGCGUCUUAUUCAGCUCAAGAUGCCACCUUGAGAAUUGACCACUACAACACAUCCAGAGGGGAGGCACGGAUGAGUGUCGGUGUAGAUUGA